CUCAGUUUACGAUUCUGUCACAACCAUUUCAAAUCCAUUUACAAACACAACACUAAAAGCACCCUUACACACAUUAUGUAACAUGUACACGUGUCUCGCAUGCAAAGCAGCAGGAAAAUUGUGCUGCCUCGGGCUCAUGCCUGUAUUGCAUCACCCUGAACUUCCUGUGUUCCCCACAGCAUCUGCUUACCCUCUUAUUAAGUCAGUACCAUUCACCUCGUUAGUGGUACUUUGUCCUCAAGCCCAGACAUUUAUGUUCCCGCAAUUAUUUCUCAAAACCGCCAUUGAGCUUCAACAAACACAUAAAUAAUUUAUAUGAUAAUUAACACAUGCAGUACGAUAGUAUUCAUGAUACACAUUUGCAGUUCAGUUUCCGAGCAAAUUAAUUAACAUGGUGGAAAUCCUCGGAGAAAUUAAUCCUGAAAGUGCUAGUGAACUGCUAGAAGAAGAUGAAGCAGAUAAUAUCAGCUACGAUGAGCUCAAGAAGCGCAUGUGGAAGGACCAGAUACGGUUACAAACGCUCAAGGAAAAGCGUGACAAAGAAGAGCCCGAGUAGUCGGCAAAACAUGAUCAGGCAUCUCGUCGAAAGAAGAUGUCAAGAGCACAAGAUUCUAUCCUCAAGUACAUGGUGAAGAUCAUGGAAGUUUGUAAAGCUCGAGGUUUCGUUUAUGGUAUAGUCCCAGAGAAAGGAAAGCCUGUUACGGGCUCGUCUGAUAGUUUACGCGAGUGGUGGAAAGAAAAAGUCCGGUUCGAUCAGAAUUCUCCUCUCGCCAUUGCUGAGUUCUUGGCAGUGUUGGGGCAAGCAGCUCAUGAUCAAUCAGAUCCAAGUUCCUAUUUGCCUCUCCUUCUUGAUUUGCAAGAUACUACUUUGGGGUCCCUUCUUUCUGCCCUCAUACAACACUGCGUCCCUCCUCAAUGGAGAUUUCCCCUAGAGAGGGGCUUACCUCCUCCUUCGUGGCCUACUGGGAAAGAGCUUUGGUGGGGUGAACAAGGAAUCUCUCAGGAACAUGGGCCGCCUCCUUACAGGAAACCCCACGACCUUAAAAAGGCUUGGAAAGUGAGUUUCCUGGCAGCAGUCAUCAAGAACAUGUCUCCUAAUAUGGAGAAUAUGAGAAGGCUGGUCAGACAGUCCAAGUGUUUGCAAGAUAAGAUGACAGCUAGGGAGACUGCAACUUGGUCUAAGGUGGUCAACCAAGAGGAAGCCCUUCUACAGCUUACCGAGAAAUGCCUCCAAAUUAAAGAUGAUAAAAAUAGAACAGAAGAGGAAGUAGAUCGGUCAAGUCUUACUUUGCACAAAGGUAAACAUUUCUUCGUUAACGACAGCUCCUAUUUACAUACCAGUGAAAAAAGGAAGCGGAUGCUUGAUCCACAUCGUUUCUCGGUGAAAGCAUUGUAUACUCUCCAAAACUCUGCGCGUUCACAAAGUGAAAUAAGUUUAGGCUCUGUGGACAAGAACUCGAGUACAGACCAUGAAUCCCAGUAUGUUUAUCGCACAACGGAAGGUGAUUAUAACCAAGAAAACAAUGGUAAGCACUUGGGAUUUGCAAGAGACAUCCCCUUUUAUGAUCGUCCUUUCAAUGAUGAUACACAUUUGAUAAGUUUACCUGACUGGAUGAAUAUGGAGAUAGCACAGGCUAAUAAGAACAGUACUGCAACUGAAGUUGAAGUAGGUGAGGUAUCCGUCAGUACAAUACAGGGAGAUUAUGCAAGCUACUGGAGAUCAGGUGGGAUUGAAGACAUAGCACUGGAUGGAGCAUUCCAGAUCCAACGAGGAAACGUGGAUUUAAAUCCCAAUCCAUCAGAAGAGAUCUCACAUGAUCAAGCUGCAACUUCUAUUUGGGAUUUGGGACUUGAGUGGAACAAAUCUUAAACAGAAAGUUCUGUCGGUCGCUCUGCAGUUUUGUCUUUGAUACGAUUCUGCUACUUUACUUCUAAGAGAGACGUAUACACUAUACGCAUCAAAGUUAUGGUGCCCGGGACAUACAGCAUGUUCUUUGAUUAUGUUUCCAUUAUUAACCAUAUUCAACAAUCAACUCAUCAAUCCACACAAUCAGAGGACUUACCAAGUGAAGCACAUGCAACGGCUACAGUGCCACACAAUCAGAGGACUUACCAUCUCAUGCAACAGCUAGCCAAUUUCUCAAAGGAAAGUCCACCACAUGCAACGGCUAGGCAUUUCCCUUUUUUAUCCAAUGUACAUAUCCCUGCAUUUACACUUUCCAUGUAUAAGUCAAUGUGUCUAAUUGUAAUAUACAUCAUGUAAUAUUGUACUCUACUAUAAAAUACUCGAUAUGAAAACUCACAAAAUACUCACAAUGACAUUCU